AUGAGCACAGGACAUUGGUUUGGUGCUCCGACCAAGAACGCGGUGGUGGAGGUCGCCUCCCGUGUCCUCCGUCUUCUCGAGGAUGAGUCCUACGGCGGCGGUGGAAAACCCUUCUCCCAGGGCAAUGUCGUGUUGUUGGGCAAAGAAGAUCGGAUGAAUGUGGAUGAAAACCUCGCAAAGAUCUUCUUGGAGCGGCACGUGUACCGUCUUGUGAAUGUGGCAGCGAGCUGGAGGCACUAUGUGUACCGCAUGCUAGAACUUCUUGCAAAGCCGUUGUCUAUGCACUCUUCGUAUCUUAAGGAUGUUCGAUCGGCGCGUAAGGGUGAUAUUUUGCGGCAGCAAGGCUCAAUCAAUAUUCGUCGUGUCCGUGAUUUCGAGCCAUUUGAGCUCCUCGUUGUCGACGAGGCGGCACAGCUCAAGGAGUGCGAGUCGCUGAUACCUCUACAACUUGGUAUCCGCCGUGCUGUUCUCAUCGGUGAUGAACGCCAGCUACCAGCGUUUGUGAAAAGCAAGCUCAGCGCCGAGGCUGGCUUUGGAAGAAGUCUGUUCGAGAGGCUUAGCUUGCUGGGACACCCUAAGCACCUCCUCGCUGUGCAGUACAGGAUGCACCCGGAAAUAAGCAAGUUCCCCACCUUUAGGUUUUACCAGAGCAAGGUGACAGAUGGCCCCAACGUCCUUCACAGAGACUACGAGAGGAAGCUCCUGGCUGGCCCAAUGUACGGCCCCUACUCCUUUAUCAACAUCCAAUGUUGGAUGGAAAGCUCGGAGAAGCACGACAUGAGCCAGAGCAACCCUGUUGAGGUCGCCGCAGUGACCCGCAUUGUGCAGAGAUUGUUCCAAGAAUCGUCAGCUGAGACAAGAAGCAAGCUCAGCGUGGGCGUGAUAUCGCCGUACAAGGCCCAAGUCCGCGCCAUCCAGGAGAGCCUUGCUUUGGAGCACGAGAACUACAGUGGUUUAUCCGUGAAGAUCGGGACCGUGGACGGGUUCCAAGGUGCCGAGGCGGAUGUCAUCAUCUUCUCCGCCGUGCGGGCCAACACCAAAGGAAAGCUCGGGUUCCUCCCCGAUGAAAGACGUACCAAUGUGGCGCUAACACGGGCCAAGCAUUGCUUCUGGAUUCUCGGGAACUCGGCUACGCUGUCAAAAAGAAAGACAAUCUGGCAGGAGAUAGUGGCCGAUGCAAAGGAAAGAGGAUGCUUCUAUGAUGGCAACGACGACAAAGACCUCUUGGCUGCGAUGAGCAUCGCGAUCAAGCAGGAUGAAAUCAACCGUCUUGGUAUAGGCGGCUUGCGAUCUUGGAAAUCCAAGCCCUACUAA